AUGCUCGCCAGUUCUCCACCUACGGUCCCGCCUCUCUACCCGCCGCAGAGCAGCCGCACGUACGCUGCGCAGGCGUCCCCAUCGUCAUCUUUCCGCUCUCUGUCCCUCGGCGAUCCGCAAAAGCGCCACGACAGACACUCGUCCCCGUCCGCCACUUCCUCAAUCAAGGAGGCCGCAAAGGAAAAGGUCAACGGGGCAGGCAGGAUGCAGACGAGCAAAGGCAAGGGCAAACAGGUUGCUCAGGAGCAGCUGCAAAGCAGCACUGGCGACGAUGUUGCCGCCUUGGAGGCAGACGCAGCGGACGACCUUCCCUCCGUCCCUCUCUCGCUCGACUCGCUCGACCUGCCUCAUACCAGCUCUUCCGAGAUGAGCGGCAAGGACAAGAAGGGAGACAGGCGGGAUGACUGGCUGGACGCGGACGGCCGGCCGCGCUUCGUCGGCAACUCGUCGAUUCGCUCGGACGCGGACGAGCCCAUCCUGCGGGAGACAGACCGGCGAUUCGUGUUGUUCCCCAUCAAGUAUCACGAGGUCUGGGGAGCGUACAAGAAGGCGGAGGCAUCUUUCUGGACGGCGGAAGAGAUGGACAUUUCGAAGGACCUGUGGGACUGGGACCGACUGACGGACAACGAGCGGCACUUCAUCUCGCAUGUCCUCGCCUUCUUCGCCGCCUCGGACGGCAUCGUGAACGAGAACUUGGUGGAGAGGUUCUCGGCCGAGGUGCAGAUCGCCGAGGCCCGCUGUUUCUACGGUUUCCAGAUCAUGAUGGAGAAUGUUCAUUCCGAGGUGUACUCGCUACUCAUCGAAACGUACAUUCGGGAGCCGCUCGAGCGCGAGAAGCUCUUCAACGCCAUCGAGACCAUCCCCUGCAUCGCCAAGAAGGCCGAGUGGGCGCUUCGAUGGAUCUCGGACCCUGGCGCCGUCUUUGCGGAACGACUGGUCGCUUUCGCCGCUGUCGAGGGCAUCUUCUUCUCCGGCUCGUUCGCCUCGAUCUUCUGGCUCAAGAAGCGGGGCUUGAUGCCCGGUUUGACGUUCUCGAACGAGCUCAUCUCGCGCGAUGAAGGUCUUCACACCGACUUUGCCUGCCUUCUCUUUUCGCACCUCGAGCGCCGACCAGCACCCCACCGUGUCACCCAGAUUAUCGCCGAAGCCGUCGAGAUCGAGCAAGAAUUCCUGACGGACGCCUUGCCCGUCGGCUUGAUCGGCAUGAACGCCACCCUCAUGCGACAGUACAUCGAGUUCGUCGCGGACCGAUUGCUUGUCGCGCUCGGGAACGACAAGCUGUACAAUGCCGAGAACCCGUUCGACUUUAUGGAGAUGAUCUCGAUGGAGGGCAAGACCAACUUCUUCGAGAAGCGCGUCUCGGACUACCAGAAGUCGGGCAUCAUGACCCGCGUCAACGCCAUGUCCCGCACCGCCAGUGUGGCCGACACUGCCGGCAGCGGCGCCAGCACGCCCUUCGACGAGCACGGCUCGCUCAUCUUCGACGCCGACUUCUAA